CAUGCGUCAAAAAUACAUAUUUUGAAAAAGGGUAGGCGUUGAACUGACUACAUUCCAAUGGACCGUUAACUCUGCCUACGGAGUUAGCAACCCGUUAGAUUAUAGCCAACAAAUUAUUAAUUUGCUUCUUAAAUGUGGUAUGUGUCUAUGUUUUCAAAUCGUGUAGGCCUAAUCAAUGAAAGGGAUACCACGGCGCCUCCCACUCGGCGCAUUAAAACGCCUAUUUCUUGCAUCUCAAAGAUAGAGUUUAACAUUGCGAACGUUAGUUUACAUGCCUAUGCUAUUCUGCUUGUGCUUCGGAUUGCCAAAUUUGUUAACUACAUUGCUGGUAAGUGAAUUCACAUUUGCUUUUUCAAUCUUUUUUUCUAGCAACCACAGCUUCCAAAUACUGUGAGCUAGCUGGCUAAUUUUAAUCAUUCAGGAAAUAGCAGUUGCAGGCCCAGCAAUCGCAUAGAGGCAACUAAAAUGUUAUAAUUUCUUUAAAAGUUUCUGAAAACAUUAAUUAACUGUUUGCAAAUGGGUUUGUUUAGCAUAGGAUUGAUACUUUGUAGCUAAUAACCACUUUGUCAAUGUUAUGCUGUUGCCAAAUUACAGCACAUCAAUUGAGGCAGAAACAGGGCACACUCAACUUGGUCAUGAUUUUUUAUAAAUGAUGAACAAAACAAUAUUUAGUUAGAAGUACUUUCCAAAAAUGUGAAGUGAAAAACAAGAGCAACAAGGCAGUUUGAUGGAUAUACAAUUGUUCUAGGAAAGUUUGCAGAAUGGUUGUGGAAGUUGUAACAUUGAAAAUGCAGUCAGGGAUGGUGGAAGAUGUUAUCCUUUCAUUUUCACCUCCCUGUAAUCUCACUAAGCAGUGUGUUAACAGAUUCUUGAGAGCUUCUAUUCUGAAUUUGAUUCCCCACAUGCUGUCUGUCUGUCAGCAGGGACAUGUCGUGAGUUGCCCCCUGCUGAAAUAAAAUCUGGCCCCUGAAAUGGAGAGCAAUGAGUUUGGCCUUGGCAGUUAUGACUGUCUGCAAACUGUCAUGCAUGUAGAGCAACAUGCAAUGUCCAUUGUGUUAUAUUCAGCUAAAUCAUUAUGUUUUGAUUGUGAAAGAAUAUAGCAAACUGGUGAAGCUCCACACAACAAAGAAAAUGCAAUAAACUGUUAGGCUAUAUUUUUACUUACUUUAAUUGUAAGGGUGCUGACAGUCUUUUGUUCUAUUAAUGACUUUAGUGUCCCCAGCAUUCUUGGAUUAGGCCUAAGCGUUAUAAAAAAACACUGAUCAAUUUAUAUGCCUAUAGUCUUAUACAGAAAUACACAGUGCAUGUUCAGUUUCUUGUAGGUCAGCCCACUGGUCCUAGUAUUGAAAGGUAUGACUCGUUAUAAAAAGAAGAGCAUAGUUAGUGUAUGAUGAGAUGACCAAUGUUAACUUGAAUAGAUUUUGUUUUCUCAGAUGAACAUUGAGAGACAUCCAGCAACCUGAGGGCAUUGUGUUGUUUUCUUAAGUGCCGGUGGGAUGUCUUUAUUGGAAGAGUUGCCCUCUGCCCGUCUGGCUAUCUGCCAUUCUGAUCCUCACAGCUGGAUUAAACAAGCUCACAUCACAUCAGUCCUCUGAACAGUACACUAUGGCUGCGUUUACACAGGCAGCCCAAUUCUGAUCUUUUGCUCAAUUAGUGAAUAAAAAAGAUCAGAAUUGGGCUGCCUGUUUAAACACGGCCUAAGUCAAUGUUCAAAGGUUGCAUUGGGGAGUUGACUCAGAAACGAGUCCAUGCCAGGGGCGUAGGCAUGGGUGGGCCUGGGUGGCCCAAUCAGAUUGAGCAACAAAAUGUUUACUUUACUUGUCAGUGUUCCAAACGGGAUAUUAGUCUUUUUACCUAAACAUGCAAACACAUAUUAGAUAGAAUUCAUAGCAAGCAGUGCACAAGGUUAGUAAGAUUUGAUUAACUCUUCCGAGUCGGCGAACGCUUCGGCGCGUUCAAAUCGCGGGCCGGCUUUAGGACCGCGCAGCAUCCAAACCAAGUGAUGCAGAGGGCUGCCGUCGAUUUCAUGCAGAAAUGGAGACCCGAGGCUACGUUUUGAGUGUUUGUUUCAUGUAAAUACACCAACUAAAACCAAAGUUAUGAUAAUUUCAAUUCCAUGAAAAAAGUGCGUCAAAAUAUGCGCUCUUUUAUGAGCGCUUUGCAUUUAUUAUAAUAACUUUGUCGUCUUUUGUGAUAAAAAGGAACGGAAAAAAACGUGUGCUUGUGCUAACCCGGUUCUUCAGGAUGCACACGAGUAUAUAAACAUUCAUUCCCAUGACAACUAGCCAUUGCGAAAGAACGAACGAGAGGAAUUAGUUCAGUUCAUGAGUAGUUUUGGAGAGUUUUUCACGAGUUAGUAUUUCAAUUGUUAGUAUUUCAAGAGUUUUAUUGUCAGCAGUAUCGUUUUUGUGAAGCAAUAUGAGGCGCACACUUCACGUUGAACUUGUGGCCCAGCUGUGCGGAGUGACCCAGACAGGGGUUCCACUUCAAAAAAGCACCAGCCAUGUUCCUGUGGCCAUUGCCAAUGUUGCAGAGGCCAAAGACAAAGCCACAGCAGGCCGCAGGGUUUGUCAACGCUGUAAACAAGUUGACAAGAAGAGGUUUGUCACACCAUGGAAGUGCAAGGCCUGUGAUGUGGCUCUCUGUGUCAUUGUGGACAGGAACUGUUUUGAAGAGUGGCACAAAUAGGGUAAAGGCCAGUGGCUAUACCUACUUUUUUUGUAAAUAGUUGUGUAUUGCUUGUAUAUAUCUCAAGAAUACUUUUAUAUGUUCAUAUUUGCACUUUGUGGUUCAAUUUGAAGCUUUUUUUUUCAUUUUGGACAGAAACUGUUUUGAGGAGUGGCACAAAAAGGUUUAGGGUUAGAAUAGAAGAAAAACGCCAGUGGUUAUACCUACUUUAUAUUGUAAAUAGUUAUUUAUUGCUUGUAUAUAUCACCAAAAUACUUUUAUAUGUUCAUAUUUGCACCUUGUGGUUCAAUUUGAAGCUUUUUAAAUGCUUGGUUCACCAUGUUUGAGGGUUUUACAAUAAAAAAACCAUCUUUUUUCUAAACGGACUUUGUGUUUUCUGUGUGUGUUUGGGUCCAGUGUGUUGAAAUAGUAUGUCAAAGUGAAAAACUUACUAACAGAUCAUAUAGGUGAGGUUGUGCUGAAAAAAAAGAUACCCAACAUUGGUCUGGUAAACAUUUCUUUAUGUAGUAUAUCAGGGCAAAAUUGAAGGUACCCAAAAACGGCCAAAAAAGCUCCAGACUCCGAAGAGUUAAAUAUAACAGAACAGAUUAACUGGAAUGACAUUCACUCUCACGGAAUGGGUUGCCAAAAAUAGCUAACUGAAAGUCACACCCCCAAUUAACCGGGAAAAUGACUGCAUUGAGGCAUACUGUAUGUCACUGUGCUUCUAUGGCUAUAUGCACCAUGCCACUGCCUAUUUAAUUUGUUCAUUUAGCAAACAAGAUAGCUCAUAACCCAGUGCCUUUAUCACAGUCAACACACAUAUUUUAGCUUUAAAAAUGCAACAAUUUCUCUCAGCCUCAUUCAUGGCAAAAUGUGUAGAAUAGCAUGAACUGCACAUUUUUCUCUUUGCCCCAUGGCAAAAUGUGUAAAAUUGCAGGAAGUUAGCUGCGUUCACAAAUAAAAAAUGCUUAUAUAUUUUUGGGGGGCCCACCCAAAUUUCUACAAGCCCACCCACCAAAAAAUGUUUGGCUAUGCCACUGAACGCUGCAUACUUCAUUCAACAUACUACUCAUUUGGUGUAGGAUGGCUGUUAUCAAAGAAAGGAAUACAAUACAAGUAGCCAUGCCAAUUGUCUCAAUAGACUGGCAAUCACAAGGGGUUCUUGGCAACAGUGGAAGCAUUGACUAAUGUGUUAUCUCAUAAUAGGCAUAGGCCUGUCUCCUUAUCUAGAUUAGGUUUCCUCUUUCUACAGCCAUUAUGAUAAGAUAUCCAAGUUUUGAACUAUUUAUAGGUAUGCAUAACAUUGCUCUGUAUAAUUCAAUUUGAGGCUUGGUUCUUGAUUUUGGAACCAACAAACCAAUAUCGGAAAUGGUUAACGCAUGUGGUUUGUCAUAACAUCGGUGCAUCAUGUUUGUGCAGACUAGAUUUACUUUAGAAAUGUAGCCCAAAUGAUAUUUUACUGUAAAGAUAACGUUGUUGAAAACAUAGGCUACUUUUAAAGAAUUUCAAGAGGGUUGGUGCAGCAGUUUGGAGGAAGGUUUGUUAUAACAUUCUAAUAACACAGAAAAAGUAGGCUAAGCACUAUACUGUUCAACACCAGUGUCAGACCAGACUGAUACUUAGCCUAGGGAUGCAGGGUUGCUCUGUACAGUAGACUAGUUAGUUUGUGAAUUUGUGGAAUUUAUUUACUUCUUAAUGCGUUUGAGCCAAUCAAUUGUGUUUUUACAAGGUGGGGGGGGGGGGGGGGGGGUAUACAGAAGAUAGCCCUAUUUGGUAAAAGAUCAAGUCCAUAUUAUGUCAAGAACAGCUAAAAUAAGCAAAGAGAAACAACAGUCCAUCGUUACUUUAAGACAUGAAGGUCAGUCAAUACGGAACAUUUCAAGAACUUUGAAAGUUUCUUCAAGUACAGUCGCAAAAACCAUCAAGUGUUAUGAUGAAAUUUGCUCUCAUGAGGACCGCCACAGGAAUGGAAGACCCGGAGUUACCUCUGCUGCAGAGGAUAAGUUCAUUAGAGUUACCAGCCUCAGAAAUUACAGCCCAAAUAAAUGCUUCACAGAGUUCAAGUAACAGACACAUCACAACAUCAACUGAUCAGAGGAGACUAUGUGAAUCAGGCCUUCAUGGUCGAAUUGCUGCAAAGAAACCCCUACUAAAGGACACCAAUAAUAAGAAGAGGCUUGCUUGGGCCAAGAACAACAAGCAAUGGACAUUAGACCGGUGGAAAUUUGUCCUUUGGUCUGGAGUCCAAAUUUGAGAUUUUUGGUUCCAACCGCCGUGGCUUUGUGAGAUGCGGUGUGGGUGAACGGAUGAUCUCCGCAUAUGUAUUUCCCACCGUAAAGCAUGGAGGAGGAGGUGUUAUGGUGUGGGGGUGCUUUGCUGGUGACACUGUCUGUGAUUUAUUUAGAAUUCAAGGCACACUUAACCAGCAUGGCUACUACAGCAUUCUGUAGUGAUACGCCAUCCCAUCUGGUUUGGGCUUAGUGGGACUAUCAUUUGUUUUUCAACAGCACAAUGACCCAACACACCUCCAGGCUGUGUAAGGGCUAUUUGACCAAGAAGGAGAGUGAUGGAGUGCUGCAUCAGAUGACCUGGCCUCCACAAUCCCCCAACCUCAACCCAGUUGAGAUGGUUUGGGAUGAGUCGGACCGCAGAGAUAAGGAAAAGCAGCCAACAAAUGCUCAGUAUAUGUGGGAACUCCUUCAAGACUGUUGGAUAAGCAUUCCAGGUGAAGCUGGUUGAGAGAAUGCCAAGUGUGUGCAAAGUUGUCAUCAAGGCAACUUCAGCCCGGUCCGGCCCGUUCCUGCUCCCCGCACCAAGUCAGUGGUGCGCUUCGUCAGCCCGGUCCGGCCCCUACCUGCUCCCCGCACCAAGCCAGUGGUGCGCGUCGUCAGCCCGGUCCGGCCCGUUCCUGCUCCCCGCACCAAGUCAGUGGUGCGCUUCGUCAGCCCGGUCCGGCCCGUUCCUGCUCCCCGCACCAAGCCAGUGGUGCGCUUCGUCAGCCCGGUCCGGCCCGUUCCUGCUCCCCACACCAAGCCAGUGGUGUGCGUCGUCAGUCCGGCACAGCCCGUGCCUGUUCCAGGCACCGGUCAGCUGCUCCACGCAGGAGCUAGAGCAAUCCGCUCCACCAGUGUUCAGUCCAGCUCCGGCCAGCAGGGCCAGACCGGACCAGGGGUACUUUGGGGAGUUAGAGAGGGAGUUGGGGAUCAUGCCCGGAGCCGGAUCCGCCGCCAAGGCGGAGUGCCCACCCGGUCCCUCCCCUGUGGUGUUUGGUUGGCGCGGUCGGAGUCCGCGCCUUUGGGGGGGGGGUACUGUCACGCCCUGGCUCUGGGGACGCUUGUAUGUUGAGCCAGGGUGUGAGUUUUCUUUGUAUGUUCUAGUUUUGUAUUUCUAUGUUGGCCAGGGUGGCUCCCAAUCGGAGAGGGCUGUAGCUCGUUGUCUCUGAUUGGGAGCCAUACUUAGGUAGCCGUUUGGCAUUGUUUUAUGUGGGAUCUUGUUCCAGUAUAGGUUUGUGUUAGAACCGAGGACGUCACGUUAUCGUUUGUUGUUUUUGUUCGUGUGUUCAUUCUAAAUAAUAAAAGUAUGUUCGCCUUCAACGCUGCGCCUUGGUCCUCUGUAUCCGACGAUAGUAACACCCACAGUAGUUAUUGGGGUCAAAUUUGUCUCCACUUUUGUGGAUUGGGGUGAUCAGUCCUUGGUUCCAAAUAUUGGGGAAGAUGCCAGAGCUAAGGAUGAUGUUAAAGAGUUUAAUGAUAGCCAAUUGGAAUUUGUGGUCUGUAUAUUUUAUCAUUUCAUUGAGGAUACCAUCAACACCACAGGCCUUUUUGGGUUGGAGGGUUUGUAUUUUGUCCUGUAGUUCAUUCAAUGUAAUUGGAGAAUCCAGUGGGUUCUGGUAGUCUUUAAUAGUUGAUUCUAAGAUUUGCAUUUGAUCAUGUAUAUUUUUUUGCUGUUUGUUCUUUGUUAUAGGGCCAAAAAGAUUGGAGAAGUGGUUUACCCAUACAUCUCAGUUUUGGAUAGAUAGCUCUUCGUGUUGUUUGUUUAGUGUUUUCCAAUUUUCCCAGAAGUUGUUAGUCUAUGGAUUCUUCAAUUACAGCAGAUUUCUGACAUGCUGUUCCUUCCUUUUCCGUAGUGUAUUUCUGUAUUGUUUCCUUAGUGUAUUUCUGUCUCCCUCACUCUCUGUCUCGCUCUCUCUCUGUCUCGCUCUCUCUCUGUCUCGCUCUCUAUGCCUCUCUCUCUCUCUCUCUCCUCUCUCUCUCUCUCUCUCUCUCUCUCUUUCUCUAUGCCUCUCUCUCUUUCUCUAUGCCUCUCUCUCUUUCUCUAUGCCUCUCUCUCUCUUUCUCUAUGCCUCUCUCUCUCUCUCUCUCUCUCUCUCUCUCUCACUCUCUGUCUAUGCCUCUCUCUGUCUAUGCCUCUCUCUGUCUAUGCCUCUCUCUAUGCCUGCCUCUCUGUCUAUGCCUCUCUCUCUGUCUAUGCCUCUCUCUAUGCCUCUCUCUGUCUAUGCCUCUCUCUCUCUAUGCCUCUCUCUGUCUGCCUCUCUCUCUCUAUGCCUCUCUCUCUAUGCCUCUCUCUCUCGCUCUCUCUCUCUGCCUCUCUCUAUGCCUCUCUCUCUGUCUCUCUCUAUCUAUUUAUGCCUCUCUGCCAUGCUGUCUGGUGGAUGGUCACUGGACACAUUCCACUUUUUUCACAAUGAGCACAGAGCCAGAGAAACACUGCAAUGAUUACCAUCAGUCAGGGAUCCAGAGUCUAUGUGUUGCCUUGGUGUUUCAUCUCACUCCCAGCUUCUCAUUUAUCAUCCGGGAGGAGAAAGAUGUCAUUUAUGGUGCCGUUUAAGGCGCUUGGUUCUUUUAAUUGGCUCGCGCCACUCCUGUCCAAUUGAGCCAGAUGUUAGAGGUGCUAAUAUGUUGUUCUUCCUCCUCCUUCCCCCUCAGGGUAACAUCAUGCGCAGUACCGAGAUGAGAGGGCGACGGAGCAUGUGAAGAUGUCCCUAAAGACUGCUAAAAGUAAGCUCCCCGCUGCUUCUUUACAGUGGGUGGUUAAUAGACCUGUACAUAAAAUACUUUUAUCAGACAUUUAACCCCUGUCUCUUCAUUAGUGGCAGUUGUACAUUAAAUUAGUUUUCUUCUGUUUUAUUUUCUUUACUUUUCUUUUUAUCUAAGGUUUACAGUAUUUGUACAACUCUAGCCUGGUACAGUUUCAUUCUUUCAAUUCACUCAAGCUUUUGGUGGAUGUAGUGUUACACAAUAACAUCCUUGUGUUAUAGCUCUCACAUACUGUGCUUUGUCCUAUACAUUAUUAAUUCAGCCGUUGUACAUACUAUAAGACACAUUCCAAGCAUGUCAUGUAUAAUCCAGAUGUUCCUGGAUGUGUUAUGAUGAUCAUACAGAAACACACAUCUUGGCGCUGCCUUGAUCUUCUCAUUUUCUCUUAUUUGACAGAAAACACCGGCCUUGCCUUCAGAGCCGGGUGCUUGCUUUUGCCAUUUACAUCAGCUCAUUUCAGUUUGACUAUAGCUGCUGUGCUGAAAAUGAAAAGCCAUUUCAAGGUUUCUCUGGCUCAGUUAAUGGGAGUCCCAGAAAGCAGAUUCAGCUUGAUGGAGACUGGGUUUAGUUUGGCACUAUAUGUUUGCCUUUACCGUAUAAGCAGCCAUUUGUAUUCCUGGAACAAACGUGUGGGAAGUAGGUCUUUGAGCUGGAGGACUGCCCUCCAUCCCUCCCAAUCUCCUAUAUAUGUAGGGCACUAUCUGGGCUGGGGAGUGUUUAUUUACCAGACUAGAGAAUGGUUGUGGUCAUUGACAUGUUGCUAGUGUGGAGGUAGAGGGGACUUUUGUUCGGCAGAGUUGUUUGAUAUGGGAACUGAAAGUUCUAGGGGCUGCUGUUGGUUUUUUCUUUACGGCUCAAUUAAUAGCACUCCUCCUUUCCACUCCAGUUAAGUUAGUGAUACUGUACUGUAGGAAGUGAAAAUCUGCCUGCAGUCCUGCCUGCCUGCAGAUUGGAUCUCAUGCAAUCUCAUGCCAUAAUUAGCAGCAAUUUGCAAUGUCAUAGACUAGGAUUUGACCACAGGCUAUACAAGAAAAGCAUGAUGUUGGUUUCUAAUCUAUUGCAUGUGGUUGUUCUCUCUCUCCCUCUCCAGCAUGGUGCUAUAGACUGAUCGCUGUUGUUCUGUUCUUCAUCUCCUACUACUGCUCCCACGUCUUCCUCCAGAGGUAAGGCUGCUCGGCCCUCAGCCCUGGUCUACUGCCUGGAAGCUCCCUCUCUGUGUAGUGGCAGGUAGAGCAAUCACACAGAUACUCAUCUAUGCUUUGCUGAAGGAAAGAGAAACCUUGAAAUAAGGCUGCUGCUAAAUCACAACAUGUUGACAACCCACUCCAUUCACCUAGUCUAGCAUCUGAUCUACCCACAGCUUUAAGAGGCAGUCAAUUUAGGCCUUAAAUAGAUACCCACACUUGGCAUUUUUGUAUUUUCUAAAUUAAAGUCACUGGGCAUGGUGAGUGUUUUAAAAAGUAUGCAGUUUCUGUUCCAACUGUGGUGAUUCGUGUGCUUGUCUUUCAGCUAUGGCGGCACCAGCAAGUCUCCUCCAACUCCGAGCAAGUCACUGUGCGGCGGCUGGCUAAAGCAGAAGAAGUGGGAGAGCCUCAAUUUUAAGUGAGUAAUGGAGUGUCUGAAACAAGGAGGGUGGGGUUGAUGCCAAUGCUUUUACUGGAAUGCGAGGUGCCAGCUUCUUUGGUGAUUUGGGGGCUGUUUUCACCCAGUCACCAGUAAAAUUCAGAUUUUUUGGGUAAGUAAGAACAACAAAAGGAAAUAAUUUUCUACCCAGAGACUCAUUAAACUACAUUUUCUGUAACAAUCGUUCAAGUUGAAACUGUUGAUGGAUCAUCAUUGAAAACAGACCCCUAAGAGCAAGUCUGUUUUUAAAGGAGCUUUCGAUUCACACAAUUACAUGUUUUUCAGGAGGACAAUGGACAAAUGUAUUCCUCUGGACCUUUGUCCAGGAUACUUGAAUGGUCCUCCAUUCAUUUUUACUCUGUGCUAUUAUCAGUUUAUUCAACUGGGUAUGUACUGGAGCUGUUCUGUUUGUGUGCCCUGCUCAAGGGUACAACAGUGAUAUGCCCCAUCUGUGUCCUCCUGGUCCAUCAACUUUGGGGUCAGCAAUUUGUUUCUCUGACCACUAGACCAUACAGUUCAGUUGGCCUCCCCAGCUCAGCUCAGACAGGACUUGUAAAAUAUAGAGAUUAACAACGCUCCAUUUUCUCAAGGUCAAUACUUUUUGCCAACUGAUUGUGAUUCAUGUGCGUGGCAGUGAUGAGAAGGUCAGGUCAUUUUCCACAUGCAAAUCAGAUGCUUAAUUAUCAGAGACACUGGGAGGCCUCCUAGGCAAUAACAAUGUCACUCUCUGCCUAAAAGACAUGGGGGUUGAUUACACUGAACAAUGAGAAGGAAUUACGGCCAUUAAGGUCAUUUCAGUUUAAUGACUGAAACUAAAACUGCCAGGUCAACAGUGUAUAAUGUAUAUCUCCAUGCCAUUGGCAGUAUAGAAUAUUUAGUAGGAACUGUACAGUAUAUCCUUGUAUUUCUGGGUUGUAAUGUGAAAUAUUUUCUCCCCUGUUUUUAAUACAGCAUUAGCAGACAAACACAGCUCUUCUUCAAACUGGAGGAUUUCUUCUGGCGACAGCAUCAGUCCACUCUAGCGUUACCCUACGGUAUUAAAGGCAGUGGUAUGUUCUCUCAUUUCAUUGUGUAAUUGCUUUGUUUUCGUCUCUUUCCCACAAAGCACAAGGCCUUUAAUGGAACAUGUUUAUGAAAUUACAUUUAAUUCUAAUUUUGCUUUUAUUAAAAAAAGUAAGGAUGCCAUUGUGUUCUAUCUUUGAUAAACACAGAUAUUAAACUUUUUUUCCAAAAUGUUAUCGUCUCAAGAGUUACUUACCCAAAUUGAUCCACACGGACCAAAGCGGUUUGUUAAAAAGCGUUUAUCCUUGGAUAACUGCCGUCGACUAUUACAUAUCUUAGAUGCUUCAUCAAAACAACAGCUCCUUGGCCUUUAUUAUCUCUCAAUGCAGAAAAAGCUUUUGAUAGACUAGAAUGGUCAUAUCUCUGGUCUGUCUUGGAACAUAUAGGAAUUGGCUCCAAUUUCAUUAAUACUAUUAAAAUACUAUAUGCCAAUCCCUCAGCCAUAGUUAUAACAGGCAAUAUCUGCUCUGCUCUGUUCAGAAUCACUAGAAGUAGCAGACGAGGCGAUCCAAUUUCACCUCUGCUAUUCUUAUUAUCCAUGGAACCUCUGGCCCACGCAAUUCGUCAAUCGAAGGAAAUAACACCAAUUUCUCUCAAAACCACUGAUCUAUUCAAUCUGACCUCAGUAGGUGGAAUUAUAUCCCAGUUGCUUUAACCAGGAGAAUAUCUAUUGUCAAAAUGAAUAUAUUGCCACGGCUGAGUUUCUGUAGUUCAAUGCUUCUGGCUAUUUGGAUAAAAUUCAUAGUGAGGUUCCAAAAUGUAUAUGGCAAUAUAAACAAUCCCGGAUAAAAUGAAUACAUUUACAGAGAGGGAAAGACGGAGGAGGACUAUUUGUACCAAACUUUAAAUUGUAUUUCCAGACUUUAGCAUUUCGCUCAUCUUAAAUUGGUUUAGACAUGAUUCUUCUACCCCCCUAGCUGAGUAGAGAGAGAGAAAUAUGGUGUCUCCUAUGGCCCUGGAAGAGGUGGUCUUCACUGAUAUAUCUCUUAAACAAUGUAAACUACGCUUUGGUCCUAUUAUUGCUCACACAAUUUCUAUUUGGCACAAAAUUUAAAAACAAUGUAACUGGGAAUCCAAAUGGCAUGCCCAUACUCCAAUAUUUCACAAUAAUACUUUGCGAUCUGGAGGGCAGCCUUUUGCAUCCCCCCCAAUGGUCCACAUGUGGGAUCCAUACCCUUGCUGAUAUCAUGGACAGUAAUGGUUUGAGAACUUUGAACUUGAAAGAUAUACACAUUACCAGGCAACUCCUUUUUCUAUAUUUACAACUUAGGCCAGAAUAGCUGACCUAUGUAGUCCCUUAGUAAACCCAACUACCAAAACAUCUAAUGAUGGGAUUUAUAAAUAAUUGAUCCGGGCUUCCUAAAGGACUGAUCUCUAUAAUAUAUAAACAACGUUUGAAAAGCUCAUUCUGAGCUAGCCAUUAAAAAACGAUGGUCCACAGAUCUAAUUAAAUCUGAACCACUCUUUAACUGGAACAGAAUAUGGAAAAAUAUGACCUUGGCAUCCCGUAAUCCGAACCAAAAACAUAUACAUUUUAAGUUUGUUCACAGAAUGUAUUUAACACCAAGGAAACGUUUUAUGAUGAAAUUGGCCCCAACUCCCAACUACUCCCAUUCCUUCAUAUGAUGUCGGAGUGCCCUGCAGGUAAAUGCUUCUGGGGCAAUGUUGCAAAAUUUAUUUUGAAGUGCAUGAAUUUAAAUAUUCAGUGCUUUCCAUCUAUUAUGUUACCUAACAAUGAUAGCCCCUUUAAUCUCUCAAUCAAUCAGAGAAGAUAACUGGUAGCAGGCAGUUGUGUAACCCCCCCUCGGAAAAAUGACAAAACUAAAUAAAAAGUAUACAAAAAUUUAAUAAAAAUAAACCUUUCAUUCUCAGCCAAGCUCUACAGUCUUUUAGCUUACCAAGAGUUGACUCUUGAGUCCCUUCCUGUUAUUGGUCUAGUUCCUUUUUGAAUGAGCAGCUGUUUGGAUAUACUGCUAUAAAGUAAUGGUUGCUCUUUGGGGUUUUAGGCUGGAUAUCUGUAUAGCACUCUGUGACAACUGCUGAUGUAAAAAGGGCUUUAUAAAAUACAUUUGAUUGAUGUAAGAAGCACUAUGGAGUCAAUGUCCUCUAGGUUUAUGCUCCCUUUCCAGAAAAUGUGUGUGACGUGCGUUGAGUUUAUGAUUAGUUAGUUGGAAACAGUAUUGGGUCAUACGGCCUCUCGAUAUGGACUUCUCUAUGUGAAGACAAACUGUGAUCAGCAUCUACAGUCAGACCAAGUGAUCUCACCUUUUUUUUAAUACCUCUCUCUUUUCCAGAGUUGCUGCUGCUGAAGGUUUUAGCCAUUAUUGCCAAUUACAAAAUGCCAGCCAGCAUUGAUAGGUAAAUGUGAUGAGUGUUUCUUAGCCAUAUUGGCAAGGUUGUUAACCUCUGGUGUGUCGUAUGAACCACUCUAUUUCUUACAAUAAUUGUUACAAUCACAAAGAACCACCGAUAGCUGAUAUGUGUCUGAGAGCAAUAUACACAAGGGUAUUUUUUUAAGGGUACUCUCCUAAAUGUAUUGUAGUGUAAAUGCUGUGCUAACAUAAUGACUCAAAUCGUCCCUGUGGUGUGUGUGUGUGUAUAAUGGGUGGACAAAUGUGCCACAAGGAAUCUGCCUUACUUCAUUAACUUCAUUUCAAGCAAGAAUGCCAAAUGUCAAACCAAGCAGUGUGACCAGUCGCUAUUACAAUGGCAGUGUUGGAGAAUGUCCAGUGGUUCAACUGUAGUGUGCAGUUAGUCAUCCCUCUGAAAGUGGCCUUGAACUUUAAAAGGAUGAAAAAAGCAACACUAAAGUAAAUGGAUUGUAAUAAUAGGAAGCAGUGAAUUAUACUGAACUUCAUUUAUUUUGUUUUAUGUCCUCAGUCUAGACUGCAGAACGUGUGCAGUCAUAGGAAAUGGGUUUGCCAUUAAAAACAGCUCCUUGGGGGGCGUCAUCAACGAGUACGAUGUGGUGAUCCGGUAAGUAUAAAGCCUAAUGGUUCCAUCCUGUUUUCUACCACACAAUCUUCAUUAAGUCCAUCCUCCCUCCUCUUCUGUUGAACUGUUGCUACAACUCACCACUUCUGUUUUCAUUUCUCAGAUCUAUCUGAUGCACUAUGUUUGAUGAUGGACUAUUUCCUUAUUGACCCAAUGAUGUUCCUGUACAAUUAGUGGUAUUCCUAAUCAAUAUCAGUACAUAGAGUGCAUUAUAUUGCGGACAGUACAGUCGAGCCAUAUAAUUAGAUAUCUAAAGAUGGCUCAGAGUACAGUAUGUAGCUGCAAUAGCAUUUAGCCAGUCCCCCAAUGCCCUUUUCCAUAGCAAUUCCCGUAAUCCAGUAAAAAACAUAUUUUCUAUCAUGCAUUGUCCUCAAAAGAGGGAUAGUCUAAUUAUUUUUGCCCGUGAAAGCAUAAUGCAGUCAAUGGGCUGUACCAUAAUGGCCAGCUCAGACUGGUGACCUUGCUUAAAUGCCUUUUUCUUUGUAAUCAGUCAACUGUUGGGUUAACUCAGUCUCUUAAAAGGGGGAUUUGGUCUGCCCUGCAGAAAAACAUCCCAGCGCCCUCUCCAAAUCUAAUUUAUAGCCUUGGAAUGAACACAUGUAUUUUGAGGUUUUUAUAAGCCUCUUACUAACAGCCCAGGCAAUUUUGCCUGGUCAUAUGGAGGGUUAGGGUUAAGUCAUAUCCACCGUUAGGUCAUUUCCAGGCACAAUGCGCUCUGCUCUGUUCUGCUCUGUUCUGCUCACCUCUCACAUCUCCCAUUCUCAUAAACUAAUCUCACAGGCCGAGGAAAUCGAGUUCAUUGACAUUUGGUGCUCUGCUCUCCUACCAAGCGUUCUCCUACCCCCGUUCUUGUUUUGAUACAUGGUGGUGAAAUAGUGGAGUGAAUUCUGUUACAUAAGAGGGAGGGUAGAACAGCUGUAAACUUAUCAUGUUAACACAGAAAAUGAAGGUCACUUGAACUGUAGUCAAUUUCACCAGCCAUGGUGUGACUGACAUGCCCUGGCACGCAACGCAAUUUGAACUGUGACUGUUAAGGUGGCAACGGUAGAAUUAACUUAGCAACACCUCCAUGUUAUUUUUGUCCAGAGUAGCACUGUUACAUGGCAAACCUACGUGUUUUUUUUAAUUGCUUUUUUUAUUCAAAUGUAGUACUGUAGUACACACAAUCCAACAAACUUACACAGUGCAAGGUAAAAGUAACGUCAUUGGGAAAGAGGAUAAAUAGGAAGCCUCACUAAGAAAACCAUUUGUGGUUGGAAUGUUGCUAUUUACACUACAGUAGCCGUGUGCUGUUUUUUAAACUCUGUUUUAAUGACUAUUUUUAUAGAAGUGAAUGGCUAAGGUUUCUCUUUCUCUGUAUCCCUGUGCAGGCUGAAUGAUGCCCCCGUCAGAGGUUAUGAGGACGACGUGGGGAACAAGACCACUAUGCGUCUCUUCUACCCAGAGUCGGCCUCCUACAACCCCAGCAUGCACAACGACCCCGGCACCCUCAUGGUCCUAGUGCCUUUCAAACAGCAGGACCUCCGCUGGCUCAAAGAGAUCCUGUACGACGAGAAGAGGGUACUGGAUGUGUGCACACACACACCUCCAUUUUAGCUGCUUCCCUGGUACUUGCAAUCCAUCCGCGCAGUGACAAAAUAUACACUAUCAAUGGCAGCCUUGCCAAACCUACUUGAAAAUAAACUGUAGUCUCAGCAGCCCCAACACCCCCACUCUCUGGUUUAGCUCAGGCUGCUACGGUUGCUGUUAGCACGAUUAGGAGCAGGGUCAUUACCCCCUCAUUUACGCAUCGAUUAGGUUGCCCUGAGUAGAACGAGACUAAAACAGGGCCUCAAUUGUGUAGACACGGGCUCUGUGUGUGCACUCACUAAUCAACACACCUUUUCCUCCCUGUGUGUCAGGUGAGGAAAGGUUUCUGGAAGCCCCCUCCACAGAUCUGGCUAGGCAGGACCAGUCGCAUCCGGGUGCUGGACCCUCACUUCCUGCAUAGGACAGCCAGCAGUCUGCUACAAAUCCCCCUUCACCCAAAGAGCAAACAGGUAAGGGACCAACUCCGUUUACUCCUAGCCACUUUGGGAACCAGGAUAUGGGCAGAAAAAAAAUCCAUGUGAAGUGGACUUCAGCUACAUUUACAUUUACGUCAUUUAGCAGACACUCUUAUCCAGAGCGACUUACAAAUAGGUGCAUUCACCUUAUAGCCAGUGGGAUAACCACUUUACAAUGUUGUUUUUUUUUUUUUUUUUUUUUUUUUGGGGGGGUAGAAGGAUUACUUUAUCCUAUCCCAGGUAUUCCUUAAAGAGGUGGGGUUUCAAAUGUCUCCGGAAGGUGGUGAGUGACUCCGCUGUCCUGGCGUCGUGAGGGAGCUUGUUCUACCAUUGGGGUGCCAGAGCAGCGAACAGUUUUGACUGGGCUGAGCGGGAACUAUGCUUCCGCAGAGGUAGGGGAGCCAGCAGGCCAGAGGUGCAUGAACGCAAUGCCCUCGUUUGGGUGUAGGGACUGAUCAGAGCCUGAAGGUACGGAGGUGCCGUUCCCCUCACAGCUCCGUAGGCAAGCACCAUGGUCUUGUUACAGAUGCGAGCUUCAACUGGAAGCCAGUGGAGUAUGCGGAGGAGCGGGGUGACGUGAGAGAACUUGGGAAGGUUGAACACCAGACGGGCUGCGUCAUUCUGGAUGAGUUGUAGGGGUUUAAUGGCACAGGCAGGUAGCCCUCCUCCUCCAUCUGCGUGAAUGGAACAACAGAACUAAUGGAAUCAAGAAAAAUGAUUGUGGAAUAGAAUAUUGUGACAGAUUACAUUUUAAUAGUUCUAUCAAAAAUCUUGAAUAAGACUGCUGUACUCAAAAAGGUGCAAUAUUUGAUUAGCGACAGCACUUAAAAGUUAAUAUAAUUUGGCUGUAAAUUAUUUAGCUAACAGGCUUUUUGACUUGGGAGGUCAAGAGAGGUGUUGUGUACCACAUAACUGCACAAUCUUGACAUUUCAUCAAACUCAUUACAGGAUAAGUCCUUGAUGUUUUUUAGGCCUCUCAGUACAUCCUUAAAAAAUAA